UGUUGUCGAUUCUGAUUGGAUGGCCAACUUGGUCCGAUUUAGGAUCAUUAUCCUUAUCAGCCGAGGAUGAAGUGAGAUGGGGACGCAAAGAGGCUGAUGGUAAAGAAUACCGUUGUAGUUUGGCGUGGAGAGUCGUUUCUGCACGAACCGGCAGGCUGAGAAGAAUGCUUGAAAACAAAAGGGAGAGGUUGAAAACCUUCCUGCGCAAGAUCGACGAAAAGGCCAUCGUCAGAAUAAAGCACUUCAUGAGGGAGAGUAAUUAUCCAGUGGAGAGCAGUGGUGGAGGGCUGCCGGCCAAAGCAAAAAUAAGCAAGAGCAGCCAGAGCAAUGCCAGCAUCAAGAAGGUGGAGGCGAGGAAAGCCUUAAGUCUGGAGGCGGCUCAGCUGGAGAUCCAGCAGCAGCACAAAGCCCUCACCAGACAAGUAGCAGUCAGGUCCCAAACAUUUGAUGUUGACAGCAAAAGCUUUGAAAAACCGGAGCUGCCUGGCACAAAAAGCAGUUUCACCAAGCACAACAAGACAUUCCACAAGUUGUUUCCUGACAUUCCCGACAGCGAAGACUUGAUUCACGCAUACAUCUGUGCGCUGCAGAGGGAAGUGCCGUACCACGGUCGGCUGUACAUCACCGACACCCACGCCUGCUUCUAUUCCUCUGUUCUGCUCAAGGAAACAAAGGUGGUGGUUCCAGUUUCCUCCAUCCACAUAGUGAAGAAGCAGAACACGGCUUUGCUGGUCCCCAACGCCCUGUCCAUUCGCACCACUGAAGGGCUCAAGUAUCUCUUUGUGUCGCUGCGGAACAGAGAGUCGUGUUACCAACUGCUUUGCUCCGUCUGUCCUCAGGUAGAGGACGCCAGCACAAACAGCAGCCCGCUCUUCUCCUCAGGCGAAAACAGCUUUGAAAAGAGCAAACUUGAAAACUCCAGCCUGUCCAGUUUGGAUGACAGCUUCGACCAGAUAGAUAGCUCAGAAAGUCAGUCUGUACAGGAGCAGCCUCUGCAGAGAAAAGCUUCACCUCACAGCAGUAGCUCAACUUUCAGCAGCCUGCACAAGCAGCAAAAUGAUAGCUUAUCCUCAGAGGAGUCCUCCGACUCAGGUGGAUCUUUUGUGUGGAAUGCGUUUGAAAAAGCAAAGUCUCUGCUGGUUCAGAGAGAGGCCAGCACCCUCAACACCCUCCUCUUUAUCUACUUGAUUUUGGUUGUGCUGCUGCUGUUGUCUUCAGGCUACAUCGGUCUGCGUAUUUUUGCUCUGGAGGAACAGCUCACGUCGCUCGGUGCGCUGCCGGAGUUCACCUUACACAGCAGGUAUCACAAAGACACGUAACACUGGAUGACUGAAGGAGAGAUUGGUUGACUCAUGACUGGAAGAUAAGUUGGGCUCCUUCUGACGGAACCUGGAGGGCUAACUGCAGUGGUUUUCCAACUCCUCUCUCUAUGACCUGUGCUGUUAUGUGGAAGAACUUGUGCAAUUUUAGAGAUGACUUGAAGGGCUAUGCUUCCUCUUGGUUCAGAGAACAGAUUGACACGCCACGGCUGGCGUCCACGCAGCCAAGCCAAAUGUAUUCUGGGCGCUGCCUGGUUGCAGCGCGUCCGUUGAACCAAAGCCAAGGGGCUCAGACUCUGCAAGCUGCCACACAAGCCAAGUUGAUGGGCACUUUGCACAAACCUCUUUUUGCCCCUCUUCUUCCUGAGCAUGCAUAUAAACAGGGCUAUAUCGAGCCAGCAUCGGCGGCUGUAGCGCCUUUUGCUGCACCUCAACACUGGAGACGUAGUGCUAAGCGUAGCCAAAGAUGCACACGGCGCAUGUCUUUUGCAUGAGUGCACAGAGAUAACAUUUCUGUCUGUACGUAACACCCCAUCUCUGAGCUGCACACUCAGUCCUGUCCCAAUCUCGGUUUUUUCUCUCAGAUUUGCGUCCUUCACAUCGGUCUUAUCUCUCUAAUCAGAUGUGAGUUGAAAUGAUGACGAAGGGAUUCUUCCACGCAGAUCAGCCCACAGAGGGCUCGCUGCUUUUUCCAAAGGUCUUCUCCUUUCUCUCUUUCUCCAAUCAGUGAUCACUGCAGUAUUACUUUCUUUGUCUUUGGCAUGAUUUAAACCUGUUUAAUGAUCCGAGGUUAUACUCCAUCCAGGCGUCACUGGAUAAAUGCAUCAUCAAUGCACAAAUACUUAGUACAACAGAUCUUGACAAAGUGGUCUUAGAGGCAUUUGAAUUAUUCUAUUGUGUCUCAAAAGUGUAGAAAUGUCCUCUUUACACACGGUUUAGCAGAAUGAUUCCCAAGAUCCUGUUGGACUGGCCGAAUGAGAACUAAACGACAUUUUUAGAACCUCAAGUUGUUUUUAAGUAGCAUCUAUUAAAUAUUUCAAAUGCAUGUGUCUGCAGAAACGACACACUUGACUGAUACUGUAAAUGUGUUCUCGCUAUUGUCACGUUUGAGGGGCUGGGAGCUUAAAAAAAAAAACCCCGUGCUGCGAGGUCCAAGUUUUUAAAAGCAAAAGAAAUGGUCCGAAAGCGAGUUUCAAUAUGCAACAAACUGUUAUGCAUGGAAAAACAUGUCAUUUAUUUUUGUGUGUUUGUGUUGAUAAGUGGAGCUUGAUGUUUGCUGGGGCUGAAAUCAGAAGAAAAUGUAAAAAAAGACAGUGGAAUGAAAAGAACGGCUCAAAGAGAGAGCAAGCGCACUUUAAAUGAUGUGUUGGGUCCAAACCCCCCCCCACACCUGGUUUGGAUGGGGAAGAAAUGGCAAAAGUUGGCAUUCUGUGAGAUUUGACGGUGCUAAGAUCUUUGUUUUCACUCCGGGGUGGCGUCCACAUCAUCCUGUAUCCAGCUUGUCUAAUCAAAGUCAAGUUUUAUUGAUUUCACAUUCAGAACAUCUUUUGUUUUUUCAAAAUGUUUUUUUUUUUUUUUUUUCAAUAUGCGUGUUCGGAUGAGUCAAGUCUUCCCUGACUUGAAUGCACCUUUACCAACUUUCUCCGAAUGCUCGCGUUUCCUUACUUCCUGGUUUUGAUAACUAUGAAAACUGAUUUGAACCACAUAUCUGAUCCAACCUGGUGGCAGAAGCUCCUUUGGAUGGGGGCGUGUUGACGACUUUGGCCUCCAUUCAUCCCUAGAAAGUCUUCUGCAAUGUUGACACUCCUCCCUCCCACCAGGGGGCAGCGCACACACCUACUGUCCUCGUGACUGGAUGAGGGCUGCAUUUAGGUGGUUUUGCACUAUUCAGAGUGUAAAUAAUUUUGUACCGGUCGUUAAUGUCCUUAAUUCUAUUAUGGUCCUAAAUAUAUCAAAAUAUAUUUAUUUGCAUUCUAUGUAAUCCAAAGCAGUCUCUGUGAGAUGACUUUACUCUUGUACAAAAUUAAACAUGUUUUGAGAUAAAUAA